CAGGCUUUCUUUCUCAUCGCUUGUUCUUCUCCGGGACUGUUUUCUUGCAGAGGGUCUCUACAAACAUGGCUUUGAGGCAACAGCUGGCUUUAUUUAGUGUCUCAGAUAAAACCGGCCUGGUGGAAUUUGCAAAAUGUCUGACUUCCUUGGGUUUGACUUUGGUUGCCUCAGGAGGAACAGCAAAAGUUCUUCGGGAUGCAGGUUUGAAUGUCAGAGAUGUUUCCGAUCUUACUGGCUUUCCAGAAAUGCUUGGAGGACGUGUGAAAACUCUUCAUCCUGCAGUGCAUGCAGGCAUCCUGGCUCGUGACAUUCCACAAGAUAAAGCUGACAUGGAGAAAUUGGAUUUCAGCCUUGUAAGAAUUGUAGUUUGCAAUCUCUACCCGUUUGUCAAAACAGUGGCCUCCCCAAAUGUUACUAUACAAGAAGCUGUUGAACAGAUUGACAUCGGAGGUGUUGCUUUACUGAGAGCUGCAGCAAAGAAUCAUGCCCGGGUGACAGUUGUUUGUGAUCCUGAAGAUUAUACUAAUAUAGCAAAAGAAAUGAAAAGCUUCUCUGAUAAUGAUACCAGUUUGGAAACUCGGCGUCAGUUGGCUUUAAAGGCCUUUACUCACACUGCUCAAUACGAUACAGCAAUUUCUGACUACUUUAGGAAAGAGUACAGCAAAGGAGUAUCUCAACUUCCACUGAGAUAUGGCAUGAAUCCCCAUCAGGUUCCUGCUCAACUCUAUACUUCAAGGCCUCAACUUCCUCUCGCAGUUCUGAAUGGUUCCCCAGGGUUUAUAAAUCUGUGUGAUGCUCUGAAUGCCUGGCAGUUGGUCAGGGAGCUGAAGCAAGCAUUGGGCAUUUCCGCUGCCACUUCAUUCAAGCAUGUCAGUCCAGCAGGUGCCGCUGUUGGUGUGCCCCUCACUGAGGAAGAAGCUGAGGUCUGCAUGGUGUGUGACUUGUACCCAACUCUAACACCCUUGGCAGCUGCAUAUGCCAGAGCAAGAGGUGCUGAUAGGAUGUCAUCUUUUGGAGAUUUCAUUGCUUUAUCUGAUAUCUGUGAUGUUCCUACAGCUAAGAUCAUUUCCAGGGAGGUGUCUGAUGGGAUUGUGGCUCCAGGCUUUGACGAAGAAGCCCUCAAAAUUCUAUCAAAAAAAAAAAAUGGCAAUUACUGUGUACUCCAGAUGGAUCCAACUUUUGAGCCAGAGCAAAAUGAAAUCCGUACUCUCUUUGGAUUGCAUUUAAUGCAGAAGAGGAAUGACGGUGUGAUUGAUCGAUCACUGUUCAAAAACAUUGUUACUAAAAAUAAAAAUUUGCCUGAUUCAGCUAUCAGAGAUCUCAUUGUUGCCACUAUUGCUGUUAAAUAUACUCAGUCUAAUUCUGUUUGCUAUGCCAAGAAUGGGCAGGUGAUUGGAAUUGGGGCAGGGCAGCAAUCCCGUAUCCACUGUACCCGCCUGGCUGGAGAGAAGGCAACAUUCUGGUGGCUCAGACAUCACCCACGAGUGCUUUCCAUGAAGUUCAAAACUGGAGUUAAAAGAGCAGAGAUCUCCAAUGCUAUUGAUCAAUAUGUUACUGGGACCAUUGGUGAGGGUGAAGAUUUUGUGAAGUGGAAGGCACAAUUUGAGGAAGUCCCCAGUUUGCUUACAGAAGCAGAAAAAAGGGCCUGGAUUGGAAAAUUAAAUGGUGUCUCACUAAGCUCUGAUGCAUUUUUCCCUUUUAGGGAUAAUGUAGAUAGAGCAAAUCAGAGUGGAGUCCAGUUCAUUGUUUCCCCGUCUGGUUCUGCUGCUGACCAAAUUGUGAUUGAAGCCUGUGAUGAACUGGGAAUAACUCUUAUUCAUACCAAUCUUCGCCUAUUUCACCACUGAUAUUUAAAAAUCAGUAUUUCAGAGCAUAUUCUUUAUACAAUCUGCUAAAAUCUACAUAUAACAUGUUGAGAGUACUAAAGUAAAAUAAAAAGUUAUGAAAAUUUCUUGAAAAUAAAAACGCAAAAUUAUCAAUAGUAAAUCUGAAUUCUUUAAGAACUUGGCAUGGAUGUGAUUUCCAUCAACACAUAAAAUCAAUUCCCAGCUAAGAAUUGUACAUACUGGAAAUUUGUUCUUUUAAAUUAGUGAACUUGACUGAGAUGUUCAUUAACAGUAGAAUGGCAGUUUCUCCUGAAAUUGAUUCCAGGUGGAUAGAAAUAUGGUGAUUUCUGGAUGGAACAAUUGUCCAGGGAAGCAGUAUAAGAAAUGGGGAAGGAGGAUGUUGACAUCUCUUUAGUAUUAUUUGUAGAUGUAUCCAUCUCAUCUGAAAUUGAUGCCAGAAAACUGCAGGGAUUUGUCCAAGUCAACACUGACCUGAAGGCACGCACACACACAAACACAAAAAUGACCUCUCAUUAAUCUAAGCUGUAUGAUGACAGCCUUUUCACAUAUGUGUCAGCAUACAAAGUUACAUUACUUUUAGCUCUUCCCUUCCUGCAAUCCCAUCUCUGGUUUCAGCUUUCCAUAACAUAUGCACAAGUCUUAUUUAUAUAUAUCUGUAUAUUAGUAGUUCUAUAUAUUAUUUGUCCUGGAACUUCUUUAUUCUUUCUAAAAUUGUGAGACAAUAAAGGGCUACAAGACGAACG